AUGCUAACAGAUACUCUUCAAGAGGUAACAUUUGAAGAGUCUAAGAUUUCAUCCUUUAAUUCAAAGCUAAAUAAUGAAGGCUAAAAAAUAAACAUCAAUAAUCCGACUUCAAGGUAAAAUAUUCUAAAAACAGAGAGACAUAUUUUGCCUGGAAAUAAGCAGACUGCUGAUAGUCGAUAGCUUUCCUCAAGGCAAAAUGAUAAAAUCAAAGCUCAGUUGUACAAUAGAAAAUAAGGAGAUGGAAAAUAAAAAUGUGUAGGCAAAUUUAACCUGAAUGAUUCUCAAUACAAAUCAAGGUCAUAGUCAUCUUCUAGAUCAUCAAUUGAGUCUGGAUUAGGACUAAGCAAAUAAGAACUUUAUUAAAAAUUGAACGAAAUGAAGAACUGUAUCGAUAUAUACAAAACCUCAAAGCUAAAAGUAAGUAAUUUGACAAGCUCUGUAGCUAAUGGACCUGGGCCUGUUCAAAAAAUGAUGAAUAAAAGUGAAUUGAUUAAGUCUGGCAUUCUUAAUGAGAGAAGAGAAUAAGAUUAAAAGAAAAAAGUCUAUAUAAACAUCAAUAAUGAAUAUGAUACAUAAAGCUCAAAUGAAAAGAGCUUUGGCAACAAGAAGUCAAAUGAACAUAGUACAUUUACGGAUGCUGGGUUAGAUGGAAAAUAUUUGAGAGAAUCGAAUGAUAUCUCGAUAUCCAGAAAAAGUAGUCCACUUCUAAGAGUUUAUGAGCAAUCUCUAAAUAAUCCUUAGAUAAACAGGAUCGCAAUAACUCAAGUAUUCAGUGAGGAUAAGAACAAUUACGAAUAAUAAAUCAAUUAAACUUUAACAACAAAUGAUAAUAAUACUUUUUAGUCUUUUGAAAGAGGAGCUACAGGCCAUUUUAAUCAAAACUAUAUUAACAGUUCAAAGAAUCAAAAUAGUUCUCUACAAAGUGAACACGAAACAUUAGCCAAGGUUUCUAUCCUAAAUGAAAACUGCUGCUAGUAAAAGAAUACAAGCGCUUAAUAAAAUUCAAACUACAAUACUCAAUAAUCAUCUAUGAUGGGAAUUACCAAUGAAUCAGUAGAUUAGCCUUAGUAGCCAAUUUAAAUGCAAUCUUAUCCAUUUAAGCCUUAAAAUUCAGUCAAUAAUGAUGUAAAUAAUACUCUUUUGAAUACAAAUGGAUCUAACUACGCAAAUCUCAACUAGAAUUCAAUUCAAUCUGGAUUCUAUGAUACAUAUAACUAAGUAUACUUUAACAAUAUUGGAAACACUACUCUUGCAAACUAAUCAGCUUACUUUAACAUGCCUUAGAGUCCCAGAUAAUAGCAAUAAAAUCUAAACAUAUCAGAUAGAUAAUCUGUUAAAGGCUAAUUAUCCCCUUAAAACAUUCAAGGUAUAUUUGGAAGACUAAAUAAUAGCAUCUAUUAGCCAAGCAAUGAUAUAAUAUAGGAGUAUGUUUAGAUGAUUGAACGCCUACAAAGAGAAAACUAAGAUUACAAGUUGAAGUUAGAUCUUAGAGAGAAAGAGAUAUCAAUACUCAAGGAUUAAAACAAAGACUAUGAAAAUAAAAUAUCAGUCCAUGAUAGAAUUGAGCAAACUCUAAAGGAUAAAAUUCACUAAUUACAGCAAGAUUAUUAUAUCUCUAAUAGAGAGAAGGUUGAUAAGAUUUAGGAUGAGGAAGCCUACGCCUAAAAAUUAAUGGAGCUGUAAGGAGUAUUAUGCGAUCUAGAGAUGAGAUUCGAUAUGAAGGAAAGAGAGGCAGAAAAUACAUAUAAGGAAAACUAGACUCUCCAACACGAGCUCCAGAAGUCUGAACUUAAAAAGCAAGAAUUACUUUAAAAAAUCUAAGAAUUUGACCUUAUGCUUCGGGAAAAAGAUUCAAUCAUUGAUGCUUAUGUCCAAGAUAUCUAGAUUCUUGAUAAUGAUUGCAUGUUCUACAAAGAGAAAUAUGAAUAAAUGCAGUUUGUGAUUGAUGGUUGUAGUUAGCAGAUGCAAGAUUUCGAAUAAGUAAAUCAAAUGUCAUGUGAUUUAAUCGAGAAACUGUAAACUGAAGUUGAAUUCUAUAAAAUAGAAAAUGAACAGCUUAGAAAUUGUGCGAUUAGCGUAACUAAGACAAAGAGUGACAUUACUUAUUAACAAGAAAAUCAAAUUAUAAAGCAGGAGCCUGCAACUAUAAAGAAGGAGUCAAUAGGUAAUUAAAGAGUCUCUGAUCAAUCAAGAAGGAAAUCUAGAGAUCACUCACCCUCUCUGGUAGCGAAGAAAUUAAAUAACAAUGAUAGAUUUAUCAAAGUUCAUGAUAAUUGUGAUCCAAGAAUGAUGGUUCAUUCUCCUUCAGCUUCUCAGUACUCAGGUGUCUCAACACCUUAAUACUAGCAAGACCUGAAGAAGUUAGAUCCUAGUCCAUAUAAACUAGAAUAUAUCAGUCCUGCAAAGAUCGAAUAUAAUCAUGAGCCUCUCAAUUAUUAUUUAAGUCCUAUCUCUACUGACUAAACAAUUGAAUUGUAUUAAAACCUUAGAUCACCUCUUGAAAAUAAGAGCAAUGCAGUUUUCACUCAUCAUAAUAAAUCUUCAUUUAUUCCAGCUGAAAAGGAUGUAGAUUCGUUAAAGCCUUAAGUCAUUAUGAAUGAAAUGAGAAAACCAUGCGCGUCAGUGAUCCAAAAUCAGGAAAAUCUUAAGUAGUAUCAACCAGUAGAUGCAAACAUAGAUAGACUUUAAUCUGAACAUGAGAAGAAAUUAGAAAGAUUUAGAUUAAGGAUGUAAUAAAAUGCAGUUUUAGAGUAAUAGCUGAGCAAAGAAGAUCUUGAAGUAAUCAACGAUAUUAAAGUAUGA